CAGUUGUUGCUAGGGUUACUAGCUGUGCUGACGUCACAUGGCUUACUUUCUUGUCAUGGGUACCCAACUCAUGUACCAAUUACAGUCUGUGAAUAUCUUAUGCCAGGACAUCAGCUCCAGCCAUUACAAUUUGUUUCACCUCAGCCAAUGAACACUAACCCUUACUCGAUUCACGUGAGCAACACGAGCUAUACACCUAGUGGAAUGAUGACUGUCAUGAUUAAUGGAACUAUGGGAAUUAAGGUGAAUAAAAAGGAAAAACGGAUCUUCGGAUCUUACUUUUAACAUCCAGUUACCUGUGAAACUUAGACUGUGUCAGAGACAGAAGAAAAAGGACUUUUGGUUAAGUCCAUCAGCGAGCCAGCGCAGAAAUCUCUGUUAUGGACCCCACCCCUUGUACCAGGAUUUGAGGACGCUCCAUAAUUAGCCUGUUGAAAAGUCAAUGUGAUUUGAUGAUUUGCCAAUCAGGUUGAAGGAAAAUUCCAGAAGCACUUCAAGUAAAACGUUGAGUCCGUUGGACCCCAGAACAAGGAUCUCCGCCCUGCUUCGCAGACGUCACUAACUGGGAAAUACGGGGAUUACGUCUGCCGUGCAGGCUAUGUGAGACGCUUUACCUUGAAAGUUCUAAUUUGCAUCACCAGCCAUAAAACGCGAACGUUAGUCUUUUACAAUUUAUCACCUCGGCUCUUGCAAUACAGCGGUUAAGUCGUCCCAAAGCCCCCUCCAAACGAAUAAGAACAAAUUGUGAAAAAUUUAGAUUUUUACUGAUGAUGCUUAUAUAUUUAUCCUAACAGGGUUUCAUUAUCCAAGCGCGUGCUGCAGGAAGUCCUUUACCAGUUGGAGAAUUUCAGGGUAGCCUACCCAGCAACCAGACUUAUAUGUGGUGUUCCGGUGGCGAACCGCAGGUACAUUCUAAUAGGAAAAUUACACGAUGACCUCCUUUUUCUACAACUACCAGAAUCCUUCAGCUUGUUGUUUUCUUGUGAAAAUUAGGGCUAUCGAUAUUAUUUUUAAUUAAGAAAGCAAAAACGAAAUGAAUUCUGGUAGUUGUAGUUGGCAAGUUUCUCAGGAUCUUUUUACUGAUUCAAAAAAAUUCCAAGAAACUGCCCCACUGCCCUUCCCUUAACCUAACGUUUACACUUACUUCUCGCUUAGAGCAAAAUGUUGGGUUGGGGAGGGGUAGGUGGGCCUUUCCCCACGAUCUUAUACUGAUAGCCAAUCAUGAAACGAUAACGUGUCCAAAACAGUCUCACACAAUGCAAUUCGACGCAAAUCCGACCCAACCUCAUCACACGCAGCCUUAGAAUGGCCAAUACUCCUCAUUUAAUUUUACUUCUAUAUUCUUUCUCUGCCUAGACCUUUAUCUGUUACCUCUCCCCUCUGCAUCUCAAGAGCAAAUCCUACUUUUUUCUAUGCUUCUUUCCCCUUUUGACUCUAAAGACUCUAAACAUCGCUCUCUUUUAUCCUUAUUCCAUCACCAGAAUACAGUUGCCCAUCGCCGUCCUGGCCUGGCAGACAAGUCGUGGAUUUCAUUGAAAUUCACCUGGAAAGCACCGGAAGCCCCUGUUGGGAACAUCUCUUUUUGGUAAAAAGGAGCAACAUGUCUAGUGAUUGUCGUUUACGCAAACCAACCAGUGCAAGGAAAGCGCUGCGCUCUUAAUAUAAAUGAUAGAUAUUUCCAAAACCUCUUCGAAUUUGCUUGAAACGCUGCCCCAUAAAGCGAAAUUUGAAUCUACUUUUCGUCUAGUUCAGUUUGUCUUUUUUGAUGAAAACUCAGUCUAGGAAUAGGUUCUUCAUAUGAGUUCAUAUUAAACAAAAUGUAAUUACUUUUCAAGCACCAGGAGGUGACAGCUGUUUAAAGGUAUACCUGACAUUUUCACUCAGGGCCAGUCUUCUUUACAACUAUACAACAUUUUGGGUGAGAAUCCAAUCUGCAGAGGUCAGCGGGCCUACAGCUGUUGCACGGCCUUCUCCAACACUACAACCAAGCUUUGAGGUAAAUAUAACUCAACUAAAUAUAACGGAUGCAGGACAUCUUUGGUUGGGUAAGGCUUGAAGAGUCUUCCUGUGUCACGCUAUUUGGUGUCUUUUUAAACAGCUAAAACGUGUUUUCGCAUCAAUUGGAUUUCAAAAUUAAAGUAAUGAUCAAGUUUUGUUAUGUAAGACUUUGCUUAGCGCUGAUCUGCCCUGCAAAGUGGGUUCUCGGGAGCGUCGCUUUAUGGUGGUCAUGUGCAUUUUUAGGCUUUAUUCCCUAGGCCUGACUUGUAAUAAUGUAUCUGGAAUGAAUUCACCCCAGAAUGAAACUGGGCUGAAUUAAUAUUCGCAAAGACUUCUGGGUCUGUUAGUAAGGACAGGGGAAAAAAUUGGCCAAUAGCUGACCGGUGUGUCCUCUGUAACGACCCCAGAGACACUUGCGGGAGGUAUUUCGGCUCCAGCCCUCUUCUUGUUUCUUAAGUGGCGAAUGAGGAAGAACGACAAGCCGCUGGACCUUCGCGUGGUACAACUGACCAAGUCGAAAUGGCUGUUUAGACUGAAAAUAAUUUAAUAUCCUUAGAAGUGAUGUUAUUAUUAUUAUUAUUGAUGUUUCAGAUAACUAAGCAAGGCUGUGGAAGUGAAAAGAGUUGUUAUUCCGAGCCAGAAUACUGCACAAACAGCUCCAAUUGUGCAUUCCUUAUAACUUUCAAGGCGGAGGGUGACAACAUCACAUUUGAGAUGAGCGGGUCUCACCGCUACAUUGCUGUUGGUUUUAAUGACAAACAAGAAAUGGUAGGUAUUUAUAAUGUCUGUACACCAGCCUGAUCACCAGCGGCCUCCUUCCUAGAAUUCUCUCUCUUGAUGUAAAUUUUCGCGCAAAGGAAGGCGGGAAGGAGAACACGAGCGAGACGUCUGGCCUCUUCUUUUUGCUUCCCGUGGUCCCUCGCGUUUCGCCACCAGUCGAUCACUCUCGUUUCGCGCUCGCCUUUGUUCGCGAUCAAAUUGAAAAAAAAGGUGUCUGAGGAGAAUGCAGUCUUUGAUGCAGAUAUCUCCUAACAGGAAAAACACAGACACGUUUUUCACGUUGCCCCUUCCCUCUUUAUUGCACACCCACGAUUCUCUAGGGCUUGGAUUUGCACAGGAAGUACACUACAUCACUACAGUUUACCUACGCUUUAUUGAGAUUUAUUACGGAUGCCAACGAAUUUUCAAAGGGCGCCAUCGUCCUGCAUCGAGGCCCAACAAAUUUUCUGACUUGACAAAAAAAAAAAGAACUCAAACAUCAAUCAGUCAACGUUUAGCGCGACACCAACGCAGCAAAAUGUAGUUUUUUCUAUACUAGGUUUUGUACUCAGUUUUACAUUAACUUUUCUUACCUUUCAGUCGUUGAUUAAUUAUGUACUAUUGCCUUCCUUUUUUAGAACCAAACUGAUACAAUUUCCUGCUCAACAUCCUCAAACAACGCUGUUGAAGUUAGACAUUACUUGUUGGCUUUUCGUCAGCCAAUACGAACUGACAUAGUAAGUGUGAACGACUUUGUUCGCCAUACGUAUUUUGUACCUAAGGGAUAGAACAAGAGACAGGGACGGGGUACCUCACACCUAUCUCAAUAACAAUAUCACAAAAAAGUGUUAAAUUUAAAGGACGUGGUCACGUCCAGCAAGACAGUUAACGCAAGCCGUACCCCAUCCCAGGAAUUAUACUUGCGCACAUAUUCUGAACAAAAAAAAAAAUCAUUUUCAUGUGUUUUGACAAACUCUCCUCGAAUAAUAGCCGUCCCUUGAUUAAUCGCCUCCCUCGAAUAAUGGCCCCUCCAUGACGGAAAUAUUUAAAAUAAUCGCCUCCCUCGAAUAAUCGCCUCCCACCUGCUCCUCUCGCAAUCUUCUCUUCCUUUUAUCCUCUCCCUGUCAAGUUGAAGUGCACUUUGAUCCAGCAAAACUGAUCAGUGAUGAUUCAAGUUAGGAAAAUUAAUCAUGGAACUAAAUUUGGAACACUUAAAAAGCCCAUAUUCAGUUUAUUUGAUGUGAUUAUUUUUUUAUUUAACGGGAAAAUAAAAAAAUAUAUUUAGGGCACGGCUUCCAGUGAGCAAUAUUUGAAAUAAUUACCUCCCUUGAAUAAUCGCACCCUUUUUGUGCGAUAAAAGAUAUAAUCGCCCCCGGCUAUUAUUCGAGGAAAUACGGUAAAUGUUUGAUGGGUUUUAUAUUAUGAAACCUUGAUCUUUUUCAUCAGAGAAACACGGAUGACAUUGUUCGCCAUAUGGCUAGCUAUGAAAAUGGGACAUUAACAUGCAGGUAAAAAAUUAAAUGUAGCGACUAUCAGCAAAGUUCUUUUAUCUUGUCUAUUCGUAAGCACAAUAUGGAUAUACUUAGGUCGCUCAGGUUUUAAAAAAGAUUAACAUAGGAGAUCAAGGAUGAUCAACUUAAUUUUGGUUAACAGGGCAAAGAAUUGUAAAUUGUUUUAAUUGUCAUAAUAGUACAAUAAUAAUUUAUUGUACCUAAUGAUUUAGCCAUGAUAAGUUGUCUUUCAACCCUUAAAAUUAUAACUAUGACAAAAACCUGUAUUUCUCGUGUUUGCAUUUCAUUGAUUGACCUUAUUUAUCACGGGUUUUUCAAUGGUUCUGCUUAUUUCUAGAUUUUCUCGUAAGCUUUCACCCUCGAGUCCGCACAAGAGAGACCUCAUAAUGAAGAACUGGUUUUUCAUUUUUGCCUGGGGCAGCGUUAGUAAGUAUCCGUUAGUAAUAACACAACGUAUCAGUCCAGUUGGCAGCAAGUCAUUAUUAUAAGAAAAAAAGGAAAAAAAUUAUACUGGUUUGAAUUUAACAAACCACGGCCUGGCCAGUAACUCACGCAAGCGCAAGGGUGGUGUAUGUGUGCUCCUUGCCUACAGUCUGUCUGGUUUAAUGUGCCUUUUUUGAUGCUCAUUCUCAUUAAGUUAACAGUUUCCUAGUGGACUGCGAGCAGUCCCUCUUCAGUCAGUCGAGUCUAAGCUCGGCAGGACUGGAGAGAGCGAAUUGGUCGAGAGGGAAACUACCUCCUCCCCAGCUUCCCCUCGGCUUUCGCUCGCUUCGUUUAAUUUCCUCGCUCGCGUGACCAUCCUGAGGGACUGCUCGCAGUCUAGUUUCCUAACUAGUCUAUCAGUGGUCCUAAACUGAUCCCUAUCAGAUUCAGAACGGGUAGACGGGCCCAGCUCAUUGAUCUCCCAAUACGUCUGGUUAGAGUGCACAGCUCACGUCGGACUUCUCACUUCUCUGUACUAUAGGCAGUACAGGUGCUUUGCAAUAUCACUACCAAAACGCAACGUUCAGUGCUGAACGCGUUAACCUCACGCUGCCCGCCGUGUUGAAAAACGGUCGUAGCAGGCCACCAGCGCCAACGCCGGAUGGAAAACUGGAGGUACUAGAAUACUUUUUUACUGAAUCCCUUUUAGUGUAUUUACGUGUUUCUUCUUCUUUUCAUUGAAAUCGCGGUAGUAAAAUCAUGUCGGCAGCUUCAAUGCCGUGUUACGUCAUUGAUGACGUCAGCACGACGUCAUAACAUUUAACGCCGAAUAAUGUCACACUUAAAAAUUUAUUUCAGUUAAGGCCACACUGUUAUUACAUUUUGGACUUAUUUACACUUAGGGCGAAAUGUUAUUCAUUUAGGACUUUACUACAUUUUCUGUCAGUUAUUACAUUUAGGCGUUCUACAAAUGCUUUUUUAAUAGAGUGUUUUCACUCACGUGGCUUGCAUCUAUACAAUUUAUUGGAACAAAAGAAACCGUUUACACAAGAAAAGAGUUCAACUCCCACAGGACUGGUUUGGAACACCAACAUGGCCGUGUUUGGGAACACCAAUAUUGCCGCCGUGACAUCAUGUGGAAACGAUUUAUUUGUUUUAAGUUUAUUUUGUACUUUUGCCUUCAUUUUAGUUUUCAAAAUCGGAUUGCGGUAAGACUAAGAACUGCUACUCUGAGCCCACAGACUGUUCGUCCAGUCGAAACUGUGACUAUCUUGUGACUUUUGAACCUUGUCAAAAUAAGGAUAACAUCAGCUUUGAGUUGAGUGCGAGAAGUGACUGGGUCGCAAUAGGGUUCAACGAGCAAAGCAAGAUGGUAAGUCUCAUAAAUCUUUGA